AGGGCGGUGGGUGGGUGAGAGCGCGGGGGGUCUGUGCGGGCCGCCGCCAUGCGGGAGCGGAGGCCGGCACCGGCCGCGCCGGUCAGGUGCAAGCUGGUGCUGGUGGGCGACGUGCAGUGCGGCAAGACGGCCAUGCUGCAGGUGCUGGCCAAGGAUUGCUACCCCGAGACGUACGUGCCCACCGUGUUUGAGAACUACACGGCGUGUCUGGCCAGCGAGGAGCAGCGGGUGGAACUGAGCCUCUGGGACACCUCCGGCUCUCCCUACUAUGACAACGUGCGUCCCCUGUGCUACAGCGACUCGGACGCCGUCCUGCUCUGCUUCGACGUCAGCCGCCCCGAGACCCUCGACAGCGCAGCCAAGAAGUGGAAGACAGAAAUCUUGGAUUAUUGUCCCAACACACGGGUGCUGCUCAUCGGGUGCAAGACAGACCUUCGGACAGACCUGAGCACCCUCCUGGAGCUCUCGCACCAGAAACAGGCGCCCAUCUCCUACGAGCAGGGCUGUGCAGCUGCCAGGCAGCUGGGAGCCGAGGGAUACCUGGAAUGCUCGGCCUUCACCUCGGAAAAGAGCGUCCACAGCAUCUUCCGGACCGUGUCCGGCAUCUGUCUGAGCAAAGCCCCCCCGCAGCCCCCCCGCAGCCCCCCCCGCAGCCUCUCCAAGAGACUCCUGCACCUUCCCAGCCGCUCCGAGCUCAUCUCCUCCACCUUCAAGAAGGAAAAAGCGAAAAGCUGCUCCGUCAUGUGAAGGGGGGACGGGAAUGACCCCGCACACACCUUUGGGCCCCCCCCCCAAGCCCCCGGAAUGGGGUGGGGGGGCUGGACAGGGCCCUGGAGCCCCCCCCCCAACGGAGGAUGGGGGGCUGCUGCC